CUGUUUACGGUUCCUCGGAUGUUGUACUGACCUGUUGCCGGCGGGUAAACAACACACCUGCUUAAGUAUCACUCACAGAGUGCGUCGUUUUGACUCUUGGACGGAUAUGACAGGAGUGAAGCGGGAUUUGAAGAGUGGAGGAGUGGCUCUCUGAGCUCCAGGCGAGCGCGGACAGUUUGUUUAUGGUGAAGGAGGUGUGGAAAACACACGCGACUCAGCCGCGCAUCUUCACACGACUCACACCUCACUGACAUUUCAUCAGAAACUGGAAUAAAACGACUAGGAACGAGGAAAACGAGGAAAUAACACUCGCACUACGAAGGUGAUGUGACAUAGAAGACAUCCUGUACGGUCAGACUACAGGAAGCUGGAGAUGAGGAUUGUAGGAUUAUGGAGGACUGGGCCAUACAGUCCCCUGCUGGUCUUUCUGCUCCACUUUUUGCUGCCUCUUACACGGUCCAGUAAUGCUGGAAACCACAACAUACCACGACUACAGCUCUCUCAUACAGAACUGAGGUCGAGGAACAGCUCUGCGGUGUUCUGGGACGGUGGAGAGGGGGGAGCGUACCAGGCCUUACUACUGGAUGAGGACCGCGGAUGGCUGCUGGUCGGAGGCCGAGACCACAUCUACAUGUUAAACUCUGACAGCUUCACCCAACCGGCACGCAAGAUUCACUGGCCAGCUGGACAGGAACACGUUGAGCGCUGCAAACAUGCAGGAAAGAAUCUAUCGAUGGACUGCGCAAAUUACGUGAGACUCCUACAGCCCUUCAAUAAAACUCAUGUCUAUGUAUGUGGAACUGGAGCGUUCCACCCGCAGUGCACCUAUAUUGACCUGGGACACAAUCUUGAGAAACCCACUUUCCGGCUCGUCAGCCAAGUUGGAGAAUCUGGAAGAGGAAAAUGUCCCUUCAGUCCACAGGAGCCUUUUACCGCCCGACUGACAGAUGGGGACCUGUAUGCGGGGACGUCCGUCGACUUCAUGGGAACAACCGCUGCCAUUUUUCGCACACCUGUGCAUAGCAGCAAUCAACACUAUAUCCGCACUGAAGCUUACCAGGACCAGUGGCUAAAUGAGCCGGAGUUUGUGGGAUCAUAUUCCAUCCCUGACACACACAGCUUGGAUGAUGACAAAGUCUACUUCUUCUUCAAAGAGACCGCCGUAGAGUCCAACCAGCUCGACAAGCGUAUCUACAGUCGAGUGGCUCGUGUCUGCAAGAAUGACAUAGGAGGAAAAAGGAGCUUGAUUAAUCGCUGGAGCACCUUCCUGAAGGCCAGGCUGGUGUGCUCAGUACCAGGACCUGGGGGCAUGGACACACACUUUGAUGAGCUUGAGGACAUAUUUCUCUUGGAGACCAAAGAUCCACAGAAUCCAGUCAUCUAUGGUGUCUUCUCUACUUCCAGCUCUGUCUUCAGAGGUUCAGCUGUUUGUGUCUAUUCCAUGGCCUCCAUCCGAGCCGCCUUCAACGGGCCGUUUGCGCAUAAGGAAAGCCCCGAUUAUCGCUGGAUGGAAUACAAGGGGAAGAUCCCUUAUCCACGGCCAGGGACGUGUCCGAGUGAAACCUAUGACCCUUUGCACAAGUCCACCCGAGAUUUCCCAGACGAUGUUGUGAGCUUCAUGAGGACCCAUCAGCUGAUGUGGGAACCAGUGAUGCCCAUCCAUAGGCAUCCUGUCUUCACUCGGAUCAAUGCUCCUUACAGGCUGAAAAAGCUUGUGGUUGAUAGGGUUGAUGCAGAGGAUGGCCAGUAUGACGUCUUACAUCUUGGCACAGAUGAUGGCAGAGUAUUAAAGGUGGUCUCCAUACCUAAAGAGAACUGGGAAACUGAAGAAAUCAUCCUAGAAGAGCUUAAUGUCUUCAAGACUCAAACCCCAAUACUAAGCAUGGAGCUCUCUACCAAGAGGCAAGUGCUUUUUGUAAGCAGUGAUGAAAGGGUCGUCCAGCUGCCUGUGCAGAGGUGUGAGCUGUACGGUAAAGCAUGUGUAGACUGCUGUCUAGCCCGCGACCCAUACUGCGCUUGGGAUGGCACCUCCUGUACUAACUACUUCCCUAGUAACAAAAGGCGUGCCCGGAGACAGGAUGUGAGGUAUGGAGACCCCUGGAGCCAGUGUCAAGACAUGAGAGAGGGUUUAGAGACUGCUGAACUGAAGACUGUUUACGCCGUGGAGACAAACUCAACCUUCCUGGAAUGUAUCCCACGUUCACCACAAGCCACUAUCAAGUGGAUAAUUCAGCCAAGCCACAGCCAAACUAGCAUAGAGUUGGUUCCAGGUGAGGAAAACCUCAUCCAUAUGCAACGCGGGCUCCUCCUCCAACACCUAGCAUCUGCUAACGCUGGCCUGUACCUCUGCGUAGCCUACGAACACUCAUUCUCCCGCACGCUAGCCCGCUACGAGCUCCACGUAAUUCCCCAGAACCACAUGUUGAAAGUGCAAAACACCCAUCCUGGAAAUUACGCCGCCUCACCGCGGAGUUACAAGGAACUCCACCUAAUGGGAGUUAGCGGGCUAACGGCCGACGAGUACUGUGAACAUCUUUGGUACCGCGAGAAACGGCAAAAGCAAAAACUUCGCCCUCUAAAAUGGAAGGUGUCUGAAAACCGUAAAGCGAGAGUUAGGCGGCAAAAUCCACCCAAUGAGCCUCUCAACAGAGGUGAAACGGCAGACUUUUGAUGAAGAAAAAGACUGUGACUUCACUUGGACAAUUAGCAUCUUGUUUAUAGCUUAAAGGCUACAUUUCAACUAGCUGUAGCCAGCAAAUGCUACUGUUAGCACAACAACAAAGGCUACAAACUGUAAGUUUUAUUUUGUAGCCUGUGCUAGUGUUAGCAUGUAGCUUUAACACAGUAUAACCAAUGUGCAACUGAUAUGAAUUUGUACAGUCAUUCACAUUUCGCAUAAUAUUUUCAAUCUGUGUCUACUAUUUGUCAACCUUCUUGAAAGACAAGCACCUAUGCUAAAUGCUAGGUAUGCUUGGAAGCUAAUAUUAAAAAUGGACAAGCUAACGCACUGUUUUGAGCAAAAUGCAGUGCAAUGAUGAACUGACUUCUCUUGCUUUCACUAGGCAUGUAGAUAAAUAGUCUCUAGAGCUGUAUUUCAUUGUAUUGCUAUUAAAUUUGGACGCUCAAUACAGUCAUUUUUACAUUCUGACAACAGCAGGUGCCUCCAUGUUCACAGGAAGUUUGCCUAGGAUGUGCCCUUCAUAUGUUUCCUUCCUCUUCAAGAACAAUCUCUUCUGCUCUUUCCUGAGAACAUCCUUGAGUAAAUAUUGUGUUUGCUUUAUGACUCCUUUGCAAAAUCAAAAUCUCUUCCCUCUUGGCCCUUGUGUGUACAGUUUGUGUGUGGAAGCAUCUGGGGAUGGUAAGUAGAAAAUGGCCUCCACAGAUCAAAGAGCUUUUAAAUAUUCUUCGCUGCCCAUGAAAAUGACUUCCAGAAUCAUCAUACUUUUGUUCUUCACCACAACUAAA